AUGGGUAAAAAAUCAAAGAAGAACAACAACAAAAAGCAAAAGCAACAAAAGGAGGAGGCGAACAACAAUGCCGAUACCCAGAGUACCUCUGAAGAUGCCACUUCGGAACAAGAAGUGCCACAAACCAAUGAAGCCAUUCUUGAUGAUUCCUCAAGUAAGGCUUCAAACGAGCCUGAAGAACAACUACCAGUUGUUGAGUCUUCUUCAGCAAACACAGCAGAAGAGGAAAACAAGUGCUCUACUGAAGCAACACCACAACAAGACUCAGUUGUAGAGCCUGUAAACACUGAGAAUGUGUCUUCUGAUGCUCAUCAAGAGUCCACAAAAUCCGAAGAAAUCGUUUCUGAAGAAACAACACCUGUUGCCAAUGAAGUGUCGUCAUCCACAACUGUUGUAGUUCAGGAGACUCCGAACGAGGAAACAAAGACUUUAUCAGAAGAAGUAGUAACAGAAGAGAAGAAGGAAGAACCAGCAUCAGCUGUUGAAGUCAAAGUGGAUGACAUCAAGUCCGAAAUUGCAGAAGAGGCCAAGCCACAACUGGUUGUUGAAGAAAACCAGCAACAACCUGCUACUACUGUUGAAGAAACCGUACAAGUAGAAGAACAACGAACGUCAGAAUCUGUUCCUAUCGUGUUGGAAGAACCAAAAAUUAUCCAAGAGACAACCAUUGUUCCUCAAGAACAAGAGCCUACACCAACGACACAAGUAGAAUCAGAAAAAAUUGAGAACAAAGAAGAACCGACAAACGAAGUCACAUCGAAUGUCGAACCAGUAACUCAAGUAACUCAGGAAAAUAAGGUGGAAGAGAUUGUUGAGCAAGUAACAAAUGUUGAGAUAAAGAAGGAGGAGACUGUUGAAACUACAAUUCAAGUGAACUCAUCACAGGAAGUCAUACCGUCCAAAGACCGCACUACUGUAGUGGAGGAAGUAAAGUCUGUUGAGACUACAGAAGUGCCAUUAGAACCUUCUCAAGGUGUUGCAGUUGUGGAAACCAAAGUAGAGGAGCAAAAAGAUGUUGAACAUUCUGCUCAUGUUGAUGAAACGAUCAAGGUGGAAGAACAAAAAACCGAAGAUGUUAAACCUACUGUCGAAGAGCAAGUUGUUCAACCAGCAGUAGAGAUAAAUAAGGUUGAAGAAAACAAAGCCACUGAAGAACCAAAGCAGGAAUUACCGCCUGUUGAAGACACAAAGGUCGAACAAUCAAACGCAACAGUUGAAACUUCCAAACCUGUGGAGCAAGAAAAGCCAAUGGAAGAGAAACAUGAAGUUAAGUCUCAAGAAGAAACACCAUCACAGAAUCAAAUUGUGAUUGAAGAGAACAGUCAACCAGUUGAACAAAAAGAGACAACUUCAACAGAAGUUGCUAAACCUGCCACUGUUGAAGAAACCGUCAAAGUGGAAGAGGCAAAAACAGAUGUUAAACCUGCUACUGUUGAAGAAACCAAGACAGAAGUCAAAGAAGACGUUAAAUCAGUCGAAGAAUCAAAAGGUGAAGCUAAGGGAGAGGUCAAGAACGAACCUGUCACAGAAACUGAUGCAAAGAAAUCCAAACCUGAGGAAAAGAAAAAGAAGUGUAUCGUCAUGUAA